CAGUUAUUUCUCUUACAGCUUUGCAAAAAAUACCUCAAAAUUAUCACCAUGGCUCUGACUUUACUUGCUUACUUUAGUCUACAAGCUACAGUUUUCUGAAAGGCUGGGUCUGAGUGGGAGUCAGCUUCCCCUGAGAUCUGUUGUGAAACAAAGAUUGGCUCUGUUAUGGCUGAGUUUUUAUGUAUCUGGACAACAGACUGGGAUCCACUUUCCGAGUUGGUGUGUGUUUGUGAGAGUAUCGAGUAAUGUGAUCUCUGUUUUCACAGCACAGGCAUUUAAGUUCCUUUGUUAGCUUGGCUUCACUCAUACUACCACAGAGCACAUACUACUACUGUAGGAAAACGUGUUUUUCUAAAGACGAGCUCAGACAAGUAGAGUCGUGCAUACAGAUUGACAGGCAUGAAGCUGCAUUGAGAUGUCAUAAUGGAAAGGUAAAUACUGUAUAAAAAAGGUUCUAGCAAGUUAAAGGCUGAGAUGUUUCACAAUGAAUUACAAGAUAAAGGUUUCAGUCUGUGCUUUGUUAUCUGGAUGUGAAAACAUGCAGUUGUUUGUAUUCACAGUAAAACAGCAAAUAGUUAGAGUAAAUACAGUUUGCAUAAAGAUUUUAAUUAAGGCCUUAACCUGAAGCAGAAACCAGAACCCUUUUGUACUAUCCUCUAGUAAAUGGUGUAACAUUUCAACAAAACGAUUUAGGCUGAUAAUUUUUUUAAUCCAAUGACAACAUAAAAAACUGAGAGGUGUGAUGGUUUUAAAAGCUUUUAGCUUUGACAGUAUCUUCUAGGCUUCAUGUUUUGAAGUGGGAGUUUUCCUAUGCUUUUGAACGCACCAUAUGAGAGACCUCUUUCCGUGCUCUGCAGGCUGAGUUUACUUUCACUGAGAGUUAAUCCUCCAAAUACCAUGUCUUCUGAGGAAAUGCAUGUGCUCUAUCAGGGAAUUCUGCUUCCUAAAGAGAACUUCUCGUUGGAAAGUUUGAAGUUUGCGCAGGAAUUCACCUUUAAGGAUGAUGAUGUUGUGGCUGCGCUGUAUCCAAAAUCAGGUACAAUCUGGAUGCAGGAGAUCCUCCCUCUGUUACUGAAUGGAGGAGAUAUGACUCCAAUACAAACUAUUCCCAACUGGGACAGGGCCCCCUGGCUGGCGAAGAAAAGAUUAGAGCAGAUUGUAGAUAAGUUAGCUUCCCCACGAGCCUUGGUCUCACAUCUCCCUUAUCACCUCAUGCCCCCGUCCCUCCACUCCUCCAAAGCCAAGGUCAUCUAUGUAAUGAGGAACCCAAAAGACGCCUUGGUGUCUUCAUACUUCUAUCACCAAAUGGCCGGUUUCCUCCCAGAUCCUGGAACAUUUGAUGAGUUUAUAACCAAAUUUCUGGAGGGCAGGGUGAUGUUCGGAAAAUGGACUGACCAUGUGAAGAGCUGGAGACAAACGGAGCUGGGAGACAGAAUCAUGUACAUCACAUACGAAGAAAUGGUUCAGGACCUUCCUGCAGCACUCAGGAGGAUGUCAGAUUUCCUGGGUCGUGAUCUGAGUGAGGAAACCAUCAAGAAGAUAUCAGAGCAUUGCUCCUUCCAGAGCAUGAAACAAAACAACAUGUCCAACUUCAGCCUGGUGCCUAAGGUGUACAUGGACCAGGACAAGUCUCCCUUCUUCAGGAAAGGUGUCGUGGGAGAUUGGAGAAACCAUUUCAACUCCGAACAAGAGGCCAGAUUCACAUCAGUCAUUAAAAAAGAGCUGGAGAAGGAGAGCUUCACUCUGCCCUGGAGCCUGGACUGAACAACACUCACAGAAGCUGAGUGAUAAAUAAGUUUGAUAGGCGCUGGUUGUUUUAUUUGAAUCUUCGAUAGUGUGUAACUGGAACACACUGCUUCUAUAAAAACAAUUACAAUACUACAAUAAUGUUAUCAGGUUGUUCCUGUGUUUGCAGGUCCCAUUUUUAAUGGGCGUGUUGCUGUCAGGAAUAUCAGAAAUAUGUUACUGGCUUUGAAUCAUACAUUUUACUCCUUUCUGUUUUAAGCUAUGGUUUAACACCAGAUUGAGUUCUCAUUAAGUGGUUAUAAUGCAUGGAAAAGUUUUACUAACCGUUUGUUAAUAAAGUAUUUCACUUUGUUUCAAUAUGAUUAAUGAUUAAAUCAUUAUUGAAUAAAGUUUAUACUAAAAGUAAGUCAAGUCUACUCACUAAUCUUUAACUUUUCCCUAAGGUUUCUGUUGAAAAGAGUGAAGUUGGUUGAUUGCAUAGUAGAACAAGGAAGCAGCAUUCACCUGGAAGAAAACACCUGAUGAAACAACAGCAGAAAUGUUUAAAAAAGAGAAACCAGUUAUUUCUCUUACAGCUUUGCAAAAAAUACCCAAAAUUUAUCACCAUGGCUCUGACUUUACUUGCUUACUUUAGUCUACAAGCUACAGUUUUCUGAAAGGCUGGGUCUGAGUGGGAGUCAGCUUCCCCUGAGAUCUGUUGUGAAACAAAGAUUGGCUCUGUUAUGGCUGAGAUUUUAUGUAUCUGGACAACAGACUGGGAUCCACUCUCCGAGUUGGUGUGUGUUUGUGAGAGUAUUGAGCAAUGUGAUCUCUGUUUUCACAGCACAGGCAUUUAAGUUUAAGUUGUUAGCUUGGCUUCACUCACACUACCACAGAGCACAUACUACUACUGUAGGAAAACGUGUUUUUCUAAAGACGAGCUCAGACAAGUAGAGUCGUGCAUACAGAUUGACAGGCAUGAAGCUGCAUUGAGAUGUCAUAAUGGAAAGGUAAAUACUGUAUAAAAAAGGUUCUAGCAAGUUAAAGGCUGAGAUGUUUCACAAUGAAUUACAAGAUAAAGGUUUCAGUCUGUGCUUUGUUAUCUGGAUGUGAAAACAUGCAGUUGUUUGUAUUCACAGUAAAACAGCAAAUAGUUAAAGUAAAUACAGUUUGCAUAAAGAUUUUAAUUAAGGCUUUAACCUAAAGCAGAAACUAAAUUAAACAAUCUCCAAGCACUAGUAUAAAAGAAACUGUAGGUACUAUGUUGAUGUGAGUGUCAAAUAUUAAAGCCCACAUUACAAAAAGGGACAAACUACACCAAACUCUCUGCCUUUGCUUAUUUACUGAAAAGAGGAGUUCCUCAUACUGUUCCUACAGAAAAAUGUAUAUUUAUUGUCAUCAGUAAUGCGCUCCUAGAAUUACAAAAAAUCGUACAUUUUCAUUAAACAUUCAUGUUUUCAGAUCAAUCCGGUGUUCUUGGAUCUGUAGCUUCCUGUCAAACUUCCAGUCAUACAUUUUCCCAUAAACUUACAGCAGAGACAGUGUACUGCAUUGUAUACCAUUAUUUAGUGUACUUUUCUGCUGUUUGUAAAGGGAAAAAUAACAUGGAGUUUAUGAACUAAUUCAUAAAUACUGUAUGUCUCCUCCACACUUACAAAGACAGAAAAUUUCAGACUGCAAACUCUGACAUGACUAUUCUUACAGUGCUGAGAAAUAGCACCCCACCCUUCCACUUCUUUUUUUUUUUUCCAUAUU